CUGCGCGUCGUCGGAGGAGUUUCUCCGCCGCUGUCGGUGCGCGCCGUGUCCGGUAAACUGCGCAGCGGACGGGACGGGACGGGACGGGGAGGCGACGCGCUCUAUUUUUACUCGCAGGGAUAUAUAAAGAAGUCCUGCCGCCAGCUGGAGGGGUGACAGGCGGACACAUCCUCAGCGCAGCCGGCGGUGAGCAGAGGCACCGUUGCCCCGUACAGAGGAGGGAAGACGGAGGACGACUUCUUUGUGUUUCCUCGUCUGCAGGGGACGGGCGGAGAGAGGAGCAAGAUGCCCAAACCGAUCAAUGUUCGGGUCACCACCAUGGAUGCUGAGCUUGAGUUUGCCAUCCAGCCAAACACAACAGGCAAACAGCUCUUUGAACAGGUGGUGAAGACGGUGGGUCUGAGGGAGGUCUGGUUCUUCGGUCUUCAGUACACAGACAGUAAAGGCUACGUCACGUGGCUCAAGCUCAACAAGAAGGUGACACAGCAGGACGUGAAGAAGGAGAAUCCUCUGCAGUUCAAAUUCAGGGCCAAGUUCUUCCCAGAGGACGUGUCUGAGGAGCUCAUCCAGGAGAUCACGCAGAAGCUCUUCUUCCUGCAGGUGAAGGAGGCCAUUCUGAACGAUGAGAACUACUGCCCCCCAGAGACCGCGGUGCUGCUGGCCUCCUACGCCGUCCAGGCAAAGUAUGGAGACUACAACAAAGACCUUCACAAGCCCGGAUACCUGGCGUCAGACCGGCUGCUGCCACAGAGAGUUCUGGAGCAGCACAAGCUGACAAAGGAGCAGUGGGAGGACAGGAUCCAGACGUGGCACGAGGAGCACCGGAGCAUGCUCAGGGAGGACGCCAUGAUGGAGUACCUGAAAAUCGCUCAGGAUCUGGAGAUGUACGGCGUCAACUACUUUGAAAUCAAGAACAAGAAGGGCACGGAGCUGUGGCUGGGGGUCGACGCCCUGGGGCUCAACAUCUACGAGCACGAAGACAAGUUGUCACCAAAGAUUGGCUUCCCCUGGAGUGAAAUCCGAAACAUUUCCUUCAACGACAAGAAGUUUGUCAUUAAGCCCAUCGACAAGAAGGCGCCAGAUUUCGUGUUCUACGCUCCUCGGUUGCGGAUCAACAAGCGCAUCUUGGCGUUGUGCAUGGGAAACCAUGAGCUGUACAUGAGGAGGAGGAAGCCAGACACCAUCGAGGUGCAGCAGAUGAAAGCUCAGGCCAGAGAGGAGAAGCACCACAAGCAGAUGGAGAGAGCGCAGCUGGAGAACGAGAAGAAGAAGCGCGAGUUCGCCGAGAAGGAGAAGGAGCGGAUCGAGCGCGAGAAGGACGAGCUGAUCGCCAGGCUGAGGCAGAUCGAAGAGCAGACGCAGAGGGCUCAGAAAGAGCUGGAGGAGCAGACUCGCAAGGCGCUGGAGCUGGAGCAGGAGAGGAAGCGGGCCAAGGAGGAGGCCGAGCGGCUGGAGCGCGAGAGGCAGGCGGCGGAGGAGGCCAAGGCGGCGCUGGCGCAGCAGGCCGCCGACCAGAUGAAGAACCAGGAGCAGCUGGCUGCUGAGUUAGCGGAGUUCACGGCCAAAAUCGCUCUGCUCGAGGACGCCAAGCGGAAAAAAGAGGAGGAAGCCACAGAAUGGCAGCACAAAGCUCUGUCGGCGCAGGACGACCUGGAGAAGACCCGGGAGGAGCUGAAGGUGGCCAUGACGUCCCCCCCGGCGCCGGAGCACGACGAGCAGGACGAGGCGAGCGCCGAGGCGAGCGCCGAGCUGCUGAGCGACGGCGUGGAGAGCCAGCGCAGCGAGGAGGAGCGCGUGACGGAGGCGCAGAAGAACGAGCGCGUCAAGAAGCAGCUGCAGGCCCUCAGCUCGGAGCUGGCCCAGGCCCGCGACGACACCAAGAAGACUCAGAACGACGUGCUGCACGCUGAGAACGUGCGGGCGGGCAGGGACAAGUACAAAACGCUGCGGCAGAUCCGGCAGGGCAACACCAAGCAGCGCAUCGACGAGUUCGAGUCCAUGUGAAGCGGGACGAUCGAGGGCGCGGGACGGGCCGUGGCGUUGCCGCGGCGACGCCUCGCUUUCCCCGCGGAGCCCAGCUCCUGCCGGCGGCCCGGACGGACUCCUGCUUCGGCUCCGGCCGUGAGGGAACACACUUGGGGCUCACGGGCCUCGCUGAGGCCCGGCCUCGGCCGCGGCCGGCCGCACCGCUGCCCGCUUCAUAGAGCUCCGCCUCCGGCCCGGCGUCGGACAUGGACUCUUCUCCUGCAACACUGACCGUUUCCACGCUUGCAUGUGUGAUAGUGACCCAGCAGCACGAGCGUUAGAUUAAACACUGGACUCAUCGGCUGUGCUUGUGCUCCAGCAAACGGCCAUUUGUAGCUUGGUGCCGCUCGCCCGUACAGCUUUAAUACCGGAACCUUGCUCCGUUACAUCGUUUCAGUCGUUUGUUUGAAAUGCCUUAUUCAUGUCAUGUCGUAUGGCGUUGGCCUGUUCACUGCUGGAUGGCCGUCAGAUUGCAAACUCUGAUCCUCUGACGACUGCCUGUGCUUCUUUAUCCAGUGAGACGUCUGUUCCCUGUAUUUUACCCCCGGUAAAGAAUGCAUUUCUAUUUCCAGGUGAAAGCAAAGCAAGGUUGUCAGCUUGGAUCUGCUGAUAAAAAUACAGUUUGUCAUCAGUGGAAGUGGACAUAGCGUUGUUUUAUAAUAACAAGUUGUGUAAGUUUGGCUGAGUCACCAAUGAAACUCCCACUUUACAGUAAAUGUCUGGAAAGAUCUGGAUUUAAAGUAGCUUUUGUUCUGUAUAAAUUAUUAAUUUGAAAUCAGCCAUAUUCAUGAUUAAGUCCAUUAAUGGGGAUGGUUUAUUUAAAAUAUUUAACAUUUAGAAAUAUGUGAGCAUCCACAAACAAAUGUGGUAAAACUAAAAUAGUUGACAGGUAAUAAACGUUUAAUGCUGUAGAUUUAGGAAAUCAUUUUUCUUUUACUGUGUCUGUAGAGAAGUGAGGCUGCGACAGCGUGGCCGUAGCCUGUGCAGGUGCACUGUACCUAAUAAAGUGGCCAGUGAGUGUUUAA